AUGGAACCCAAUUCACCAGCCCCAGCCUUGUACAUCACGGGACUGGGAUCGAAAUAUCCGCCAUAUCUGCUAGGUGCCGAAGACCUUGAUAAACUCGCAUCACCGUUUCAUGAUGUGAGCCGCCCAGGAAUCAAAAAGCUGCUUAAGGUCAACCGCUCAACGGGUAUUGAGACCAGAUCUGCAGUCCGACCGUAUGAGGAAGGAUUUGCAACACAGACGAACCCACCUUCAAUCUGUGAGAUUGACCAAUUUUUCCGUCAGGCCGGGGUCGACCUCGCCGUUCAAGCAUGCCAAAAGGCUCUCACAGAAGCACAUGUGUCUCCCCAGCAGAUCACCCACACGAUCGCGGUUACCUGUACCAACCAAGGUAAUCCGGGGUACGAUUUUCUCGUGGCCCGUAAAUUGAACCUCCCACUCCAUGUUGAUCGUAUGCUUCUCCACGGCGUUGGGUGCGCAGGUGGACUGUCAAUUUUGAAGGCCGCAGCGCAGAUAGCCGGUGGGGCAAGUCUGCGACGGAAACCGGCCCGCAUUUUGGCAUUUGCUUGUGAGCUGUGUACGCCCAAUGUGCGACAUUAUCUGUCGAUUGCAGAACGCAGUACAGAUUCUGAUCCAGUCAAUAUUGCAGCAGCUUUGUUCUCGGAUGCUGCGGCCGCUUUUGUUCUUUGUAAUGAGUAUGCUAUGGCUCAGGACGAGGAAGUCACUCCUCAAUUUGAGCUUCUGGAAUGGGGUUGUGAUGUGAUUCCGAGCACCGCUGAGCACAUGACAUUUUAUGCGGAUGUAGAUGGUUAUCGAGCUACUCUCGAUCGAGGUAUUCCCAAAUACACUAAACACGCUAUCGGACCGAUGUUUGAGAGACUUCUUCCGUCGUAUGAGGAGCAAUACAACUCUCAUUCAAGAGCAGGCGGGGAGCUGCUGAGCCCGCUCGGGAUCCGUGAUUUCGAUUGGGCCUUGCAUCCGGGAGGGAAGGCAAUCAUAGAUGGCGUAGCAGAAGUCUUGCAGUUGUCUGAAGAUCAAUUGCAGGCAAGCCGGGAGAUAUAUCGCACACGGGGAAACUCGUCUAGUGCUUCGGUCUUGAUUGUCUUGGAUCGGCUUCGUUCACAAAGUAAAAAGGCGCAUGUUGUGGCUACCUCAUUUGGUCCCGGUCUGGCAAUUGAGAUGGCACUUCUAAGAAGGUGUCAGGUAGAUGAUUGA